AUGGCCAUCUCGGCUAUCUUUAGUGACGCCAACGCAUCCUGGACCACGGCCAAGGUUUGGAUCGCCGACUACGCAUUAUCUCCUUGCUAUCUCGGUCAGCCCCCCGACGUUGCAGGACGUGGAGAUCUGGCGACCGGAUACGAACCCGGUCCUACAAUCUUGACCCAAGGACCAAAGACAAGCGAAGUAACUAUCAAGUAA